AUGCUACUUUCCCCGCCCAUUCGCUUUGCUGCCCCACCGCUCUGCCGCCAGAAUUUAUUCAGAACGACAUCUCGAUUCUGCAUUCGCUUCAGCUCAACCAGGGCCUCGGUAGCCCCGAAAACACCCAUCUCCUUCGCGCCGCACUUUUUCAAAACAGCUGGCGUCACAGGGCUAGGACUCGGAUCCUUCCUCGCCACUAGGUCUUCCAUUCAUUGCGAUGCUCCGAUAGCAAUGGAACCGUCACCUGAACCCCACGUCCUUCCACCGCCACCCUCAUCUUCGGUUUCGGUAUAUCAACUUUCCUUUGGUACCGUAGCAGGCAUAUGUUCUGGGGUAUUCUUAAAAAAGGGCGCGAAAGCAAUGGCGUUUUUCUUAGGCGGCAUCUUUUAUCUCGUGUCACUUUCUGUCAUACGCGUCGAUUGGGUAAGAAUGGGAGGGCGUUUUGAGAACCUAUUCUACACAACGGACGCGACUGGAAGAAAAAAGGCGCCAACACCCUACUCCUUGUUCAAAUGGAUCGUGGAUUUCUUGACGGCAGACUUUCAACCGCGGGCAUCGUUUGUCGCUGGGCUUGUGCUAGGCUUGAGGCUGGGCUAA